AUGACGUGUUAUAAGAAUGUGGUAGUUAUCAUAUUAACAUUCAAUCUGAUGGUCGACUGCGCACCAAGGACCCCUGAAAUUAUAGAAUGGAACACUCCAAAUCACUUUUGCGGCUCAGCCAUCCCGGUUAUUAUGGGACUAAUUUGCAAAGCCCCCGAGCGUAUCCCUCCUAAACAGGUUGAAGAUACUAACCAUCGAGUACGGCGCAAUAUCGUGGACGAAUGCUGUAAAUCUCCUUGCACCUUAAUUUACAUGCAAUCCUAUUGCCACGAAGAUCUGGAAAAAACCAGCACAGAUAAACCAAUUAUCAAGUUCACAUAA